GUCCUGUUUCCCACUGAUCUUUGCAGCAUGGGGCAAGGAAAUUCUUGUAAAUAAGAUGUUUCAGUCUAGACUUAUGAAUCCUCAUCAAGAGACUGUUCUUGUAAGUAAGAAUAACUGGAUUUCUACUGCACAAGCAUGGAAAUGGUCUUACAUUAUCGACCACAUCAGAGAGAUCUGACAGAACUGCAGAAGUUUGCAGAAGCAGCAGUAAAGGAGUUUCCCAUUCGUCAGUUACCAAGAUUCACACCCUGGUUUCCAAAUGAUUUGUGCAGACUUCCGCUCAAACCAAAAAAGCAACCACCUGUUAUUUCUUCUGAAGAAGCAGAAGAACUGAAACAACUUUCUACACCUUCAGAAUAUAUUGUAGGAUCUCCUAAUUAUGACUGCACAAAAAAUCUGCUUGAAUUUCAGUCUGAUGUGAAUCACGGGCAGACUUUAAUCCACACACAAAAUGGCCACAGGCAAAUUAACUUGGAGAAUCAAGGAGAACCACCAUCUAAUGGAAAACAGAAAUUGAAAAGGUCUUGGAGUGUCUCUCUCUGUAGCCCUAAGCUUAAAGAAAAGAUUCUUCCUCUAUCUCAAGAACUUCAAAACAAUUUGGAAAGACUUAAAUUGCAUGCAUUUUAUAGAGCAAAGUGGACAAUUGAGCGGUCUAAUUCUAAUAACCAGAACUUGGAGGACAUCUGGAUAAAAUUGAAUAGACUCAUCAAGCAGAACGAAUUGCCAUCUUGCAAUGCUACUAUCCAAAGAUCUUUGGGGCAGAUAUGGAUUUUCUGUGAUAUACUAUACUGUGAAUACGUUAGAAAUAUUCUUAGGGAAAAGCUAAGCCUUACUGAUAAAAUGAAUUUGCACGUACAUAAAUUUGGAAUUAUAUUUAGUUUAUAAUUGUAAGAUAGUUUUGUAACAAUAUUGUUGUCUGAAGUAGUUUUUAGGUAGCUUAGUUUUUAAAGAGCUUAAAAUAUACAAACUUCAGAACAGCUGAUGAAUUAAUGAGGGUAAAAUGACUUCAUUAGUACAGUUUUCAAGCUGUAGUAAUGUAUUUAAGUUUGUUUUGUUGGGAAGAUCAUGAAUGGGUUAAUGAAGAUUAGUAUAUUUGUUUGAUUUAGUACAGUAUUCUGUAAAACAAACAAACAAAAACACAACAAAAAAAUAACUUCUGUACUUAGUUUCUCCAGAAAAUUCCCUUUGGAAUUUUGCUUGUUUUUCUUCAUAUGAUAAUAUUUGAAUAAUAAUAUUUUAUUGUAGGCAUUGCAUACCUCUUUGUAGUUUAAAACUAAAGCUAUCACUCAAUUUGGAACAUUGACAUCUAUUUUUAAACUUCGACUGAAGGCUGAAUGUUCUGUAUUAUAAUUUGGUGCAUCUAUGAGAUUUAAUAUUACUGCUUAGCAAAACUGAUAUGACAUGCUAACUGAAGUAACUAGCAGUGACUAUUGUAAAGCUUAUAUAGCUAAUUUACAUCAAUGAAAUUACUUCUCUGAUCUUAAAGAUAAUGGUAAUGAAGUUUCUUUGUGCUGUCAGAAUUUUUAGAGAUACAGUGGAGUAAGAUGCAGAAUGUUUUAUUAUGUUUAUAUAUAGAAUCUGAGAAGAAAAGCAAGAGAUAAUCUGUAAUCCUACAAGGACAGAGUACUUUAGUAGUCCCAUUAAAUACAAUAAUCUACAUAUCUUAA